UACAGGCUGAAGUCUGCUGCUGAUGGUAGCUACAGACCCAACAUCUGUUUGACCCUUAAAUUUUCAUUUCUUCAAACUCAACCUCCCAAAUAAAGCUGUAGGCAGCAGGACCCAUUAAAACGAGUUCCAUAGUUUCAAAAAUUCAAUAGAAAAUACUUUAUUAAUAAUAUUAAAUGAUUUAAUAAUUUAAAUUUUUAGAUUUUGAACCUUCAAAGGUCAUAUUGUCAUUCAGUUUGAGGGUUUGUUUUGUCAUGUUGAUUUAUUGUUCCUUUUUGUCAGAGGCCUACAACUUUACAAUAAUUUCACUAAAAUGCUGAUCACGAUGUAAGAACUUGGAUAGUAAGCACAAUGCCUGUCACGUGCGCGUUACUUAGUUUUAUGUUUUUCCUAGUAUUUUUGGUGUUUGUUUACAUCUGUUUUAGUGUGUGGCCAUUUUGUGUUGCGUUCAUAUGUCUGUCGUUUUCUGGCACUUUUCAUCAUGUCUCGUUUUACCUCUUAAGUCAUGAGAUGCGUUAGUUGUUUAUUUGCUGUUGUAUUUAAUCUGUUUUAGCGUAAUGUAAGCAAAACGCGGGGUUCAGUCUGUGAAUAGAGCGGUAACGUUAGCAUCUUGUAUCAUGAUCAUGAUGCGUAUGAUGCAUUCAGGUACCUCCGCGUUUACCGCGCUUUCCUUGCACAACUAGCAAAAAACGCGAAAUACAGCUAACUUGAUUUUGUAAAUAGAAAAUGAGUUAUAUCAAUUUAUCACUUUACAAACACGUCAAAUUUUAGGAGAUGACGAAUAAACGAGUAUGCUCCUUCACGGACAGAAUGACCACUUCUAUGCUGAUUUAAACAUUCUAGCAUCAAGGCUGAGUGUAGAAAUGUCCGAUGGUUCUGAACGCAGCGUCGGAAUUGCCUGCGGUAGCAUUCCUCGCGCGCCACUACAGACGUAAAGUUUAAAACUCGGCUUCUUGUUGGGGAAAAUGGGAAAAUUAGUCUUUAUUUCGAUUGCAGUUGCAGUUGUAGCGGUGCUGAUUGGAGAGAGGAUUAUCAAUAUAAGCAAAAGGUACCUCGCCUUCAGAGAGGUCACACUGAAUCAUCUGCCCAACUGUGUUGCACUGAAAAACCUGGAUCACGGAACGGAGGAUAUAACGAUCCUGGGUCACGGGCUGGCCUUUAUCAGCACUGGCCUAAAAUAUCCUGGAGUGCCAUCUGGUGAUGUUCCAGGAAAAAUCUACACGGUUGAUCUCAACGAUCCUCUUCUGAGACCAGUGGAGCUACGUAUGCCAAGGAACUUUGAUCUGGAGUCAUUCAACCCUCACGGCAUCAGCAUAUACAUCGAUCCGAGUGAUGAUGCAGUGUUCCUCUUUGUCGUCAAUCAUCCUCAACACAAGAGCCAGGUUGAGCUGUUCAAGUAUGUGGAGGAAAACCGCUCCCUGAUCCAUCUGAAAACCAUUAAACACGAACUUCUGCACAGUGUAAACGAUAUAGUUGCAGUGGGACCUGAGAGUUUCUAUGCCACCAAUGAUCACUACUUCACUAAUGAAAUCCUCAAAAGUUUGGAGAUAUAUCUGCUUCCGCCUUGGACCAAUGUUGUGUACUACAGCCCUAAGGAGGUGAAAGUGGUGUCAGAUGGCUAUACCUUUGCAAACGGGAUCAAUGUGUCUCCAGACCAAAAGUAUAUAUAUGUAGCAGCUAUAUUUGACCACCAUGUGCAUGUGUUGGAGAGAAAGGAAGACAACUCAUUGGUUCCUGUGAAGUCUGUGGCUGUUGGUUCACUUUGUGACAACAUUGAGGUUGAGCCUGAGACUGGUGACCUUUGGAUGGGCUGUCACCCCAACGCAAGAAAGAUCUUCCUGUUCGACCCCAAAGACCCACCAGGAUCAGAGGUCAUCCGGAUCCAGAACAUUCAUUCGGACCAUCCUGUGGUCACUCAGGUGUAUGCAGAUGAUGGUCAGGUGAUCAUGGGCUCCUCUGUGGCAGCCCCCUAUGGGGGGAAGCUGCUCAUUGGCAGUGUGUUCCACAAAGGCUUGUGCUGUGAUUUAAAGUAGAUUAAAGUGUUUUAGAGUUAAUUAGGAAUUUCAAUCAUGGAAACCAUGGGGUAGGUUUUCCUCCACUGAACAGACCGCGAUGAUUUUGAUCAAACAUCAGCAUGGAUGAUGUAGGAAAUGGUUGUGGAGAAUAAGGUUUACUAUAAUUACUGGAUCUGAAAACAGAAAAUCUCAGGUUAAAGCAAUCAUUUAGAUGUUUUAAACGGGCCGGUAUCCAGCACGUUUUGGUUUUAACCCUGCUUCAACACACCUGAUUUCUAUUAGGUGAUUAACAGGCAUCUGCAGAGCCUGAUGAGCUGCUGCACAGGUGAUUGAACCACGAAAUCAAGUGUGUCGGAGCAGAGAAACUACUUAAACGUGCUGUACAACGGCCCUCGACAUGGAUGUAGUUUUGACUUUAGAAGUGUGUGUGUG